GAGCUGAACAGGCGGGCUGAUAACGAUUUUACUGUCGCCGUUACUGUCUGGAUGCGUGUUUCUCCCAUUCAGUCCAAUCAGUCUGCUUUAUACCGUCUAGACGAGUGUCCGGAGCAACUGCAACAUCAUGACCGAUCAAAGCGGUAAGCCCGGAGUGAUCAACUUUGGUGCCGGCCCGGCUAAACUGCCCCAUGAGGUUCUGAAAGACGUGCAGAAGGAAUUACUGGCGUACGGAAACACGCAGAUCAGCAUUCUCGAAUUAAGCCACCGGUCGAACGAUUUCAAAAAAGUUAUUGACGAUGCGCAGGCUACGUUGCGAGAUAUUCUCAACAUUCCCGACAACUAUAAAAUCCUGUUUAUGCAAGGAGGCGGCACCGGAAUAUUCGCAGCAGUUCCGUUGAACAUUAUGAACACCGGCACCGCGGAUUAUUUAGUAACGGGCUCGUGGUCGGCGAAAGCGGCGAAGGAAGCGGCCAAGUACGGAAAAGUGAACAUGGUACUGCCGAAAACGACGAAGUACACGGAAAUCCCAGACCCGUCUACUUGGAACUUGAAUCCGAACGCAUCCUACGUUUACUAUUGCGCCAAUGAAACCGUCCAUGGAAUCGAAUUCGAUUACGUUCCGGAGACGAACGGCGUGCCGCUUGUCGCCGACAUGUCAUCCAAUAUACUUACGAAGCCUCUCGACGUAUCUAAAUUUGGAAUCAUCUUUGCGGGCGCGCAGAAGAAUAUCGGACCGGCUGGUGUUGCCUUAGUGAUCGUGCGAGACGACUUGCUCGGUCGUGCCAUGGAGGUGUGCCCGACAGUGCUGAGUUUCACUGUCAUGGCAAACGAUAAUUCUCUUCAUAACACACCGCCUGUUUUUCAAAUAUACGUGGUAGGUUUGGUGUUUGAAUGGAUCAGAAAGCGCGGUGGGGUCGAAGGCAUGCAGAAUUUCGCGAGGAAGAAGAGCAACAAGAUAUACGACGUGAUCGAUAACUCGGGAGGCUUCUACACGUGUCCCAUCAAGCUGGAUUCGCGCAGUAAGAUGAACAUUCCGUUCAGGAUAGGAAGCGGCAAUGAGGAACUCGAGAAGGAAUUUCUUUCUGGUGCCGCAGCUCGCGGUAUGUUGCAGCUAAAGGGUCACAGAUCUGUGGGUGGAAUACGCGCGUCUUUGUACAACGCUGUCACGCAAGAAGAGGCGGAGACAUUGGCCAAUUACAUGAAGUCAUUCUACAAGGAACACUACAACAAGGCUGGAAAAUAAUAUAACUUCGAAUACUCGAAAAGAUAAUUUUAUUAUUUUUUCGAUUAUAAAAGUAUCAAGUUUGAACAAAACAUUUAAAGAAGAAAAAAUGUUUCUUGUAAAUACAUGUUUGUAUGUCCUAUAUAGAACUUUUGUAUACAACAAUUUUUCACGUACAAUACAUUGCGAAUUUAUUGGUCUU